AUGCCGGAGACCCUCAAUAUUGUAUCAUCGCCUCCGUCGCAUGAAACAAUCGAAUUCGACAUCGUGAAGUAUUAUCAUCGAAUAUUGGAAAAAGAUGAAAACCUAGCCGUACCCAUUGCAGCCGUCCAAUGUUUAUCGGAAUGCGUGGCCAAAUCAACUGCAUCGACCAUGCAAGAGCUGAUUGGCACAUUGUACGUGGCCAUCGACCUUCUCAAGCAGGCCACCUCAAACCUUAUUUCACUGACAGCCGGCUGUGAUCUAUUUCUUCGUUUUCUGAUGACUCACCAAUCGCUGGAUAUGCUCUCGUUCGCCGAUCACAAACAUUCCCUCGUAAAUCAAGCCCACAAGUAUGUCGCCGAAUCGCGCUCAAAUUGUGUUGAGAAAGUCGCCAGCUCGGCCGCCCGAUUUAUUGAGGACGGCAGUACUAUCAUGGUCCAUGGAUACUCCCGCGUUGUCCUUCAUACACUCCUCCAAGCAUAUUCACCCUCCGAGAAACCUAGGAAGCGCUUCCAGGUCUUCGUCACUGAAUCUCGACCAUCCGGAUUGGGAUUAAAAACGCAUGCAAUACUUGAACAACACGGAAUUCCAUGUGUGGUUGUAUUAGAUUCGGCGGUGGCAUAUACAAUGGCCAAAGUUGAUCUAGUUUUGGUUGGUGCCGAAGCUGUCUUGGAGGACGGCGGAUUGAUUAACUACAUAGGAUGCUACCAAAUGGCAAUUGCUGCCAAAGCUCAUCACAAGCCGUUCUACGCUCUCACCGAAAGCUACAAAUUUCUGCGACUGUUCCCGCUCUCACAAUACGACGUACCGACGAAACAGCCCACGCUCCAAUUCCCGAGUAGCAAGCUCUCCAAACCUAGUGGAGCAUAUGAAACGAUACCCAAUCUGCCCGGCUCGAUGAUCCAGGGCCAUUCAUCGAUCUCGGCCAAACUCACAUUAGAACAAAUUGCUGCAAAUAAUCCUUCACUUGAUUAUACUACUCCUGAUCUGAUCACUCUUGUUAUUAGUGAUUCUGGUAUCCUUACCCCUCCUGGAGUUGCCGAAGUCUUACUGUCAAUCUUUGGUGGCGAAUAG